UUCGAGGAUGGAAACGCAGCUGAGCUCGAAACCCAAAAAACUAAACAAGGCUGCGACGUUGUUCCUCAGCAAAGUGUCCUGGUUCCACCACUAUCGAGAUAGUUCAGCAGAUAUACAGAAUAGAGAGAGAAGAUGAGCGAAGUUGCAGCGUUAAUGCUAUGUGCCCUCGGAGGAAAGUCCGGAUCUGCCGCUGACAUCACGGCUGUCUUGGAAGCUUCCGGAGCCGAGGUUGAUGCCGACAAGGUUGCUGCCAUUGCCGCCGAUAUGGACGGAAAAGAUAUCAAUGAAUUGCUUGCCGCAGGAAUGGAAAAGCUGAAGGAUGUGCCCAUGGGAGGCGGCGGCGGAGGGUGAGUGGAUUAAAUCCAUAUGGAUGAUUGUUUAUCCAACUCCUUUCGCACAUAGUUCAACAUAUUUCGUGAGGGGUGAAAGGUGUAAUUGUUUCGUUGUGCUGGAAGGUGCUUUUCACCAUUCUGAGAUACGGAGAGGCUUUCUCAACAGUAUUAGAGACGAUAAGAUUGUGGGCGAAAAAACACUGCGCAUACAACUAGAAAUAUUUUCUCACUCGAACGUAAUUUUCCUCCUUGCUUGUUUAAUUUCUCCUCACAGCGGCGGCGGCGGUGGCGGCGGAGCUGUUGCAGCCGAAGAGGAAGAGGAGGAAGAAGAAGAGGAAGAAGAAGCCGAGGCUCCUGCCGGAGGCGGUGGUCUCUUCGGAGAUGACGGCGACGGUGAUUAUUAAAGAAAGAAAACGAUUUAUAAUAAUCUGUUAAUAAUAGAGGGAAAUGAAAAAGAAUUUCAAUCAUCACUAGAAAAAACAGCUACGAGGUUUGUCUCUGCUUGCACGAAAGAUUCGCAUCCCUUCUCUGCGAGUGAACGGCUUCCAUGAACAGUCUGUCAAUCCUGGACACAGCCCUUCCCAGUGGCAAACCCCCCUCCAAUCAAUAAAAAAGGUCUAAAAUUAUG